UCCAUAUUCCCCAAAAUGGUUCCCAAGCCCUGUUAGCAUUCUUACAGGAAGCCAACAUCCAGUACAAGUGGAUUGGCAGAAGAGAAAGCCACAAAAGAAUCUAUCCUUGAGAGAGUCCAAUUUCUAUCAGGGCAAGAAUACGAGAGGAGAGAGUUCUCUGAAGAGGGUCCUCAUAGAAGAUCUUCAGAACACACUGGAAAAGGCAAGCAGUUUGCGAACCCAGAGAAAUCGAAGAUACCUGUCUGGAUAUAAUUAUGAAGUUUAUCACUCCUUAGAAGAAAUUCAAAAUUGGAUGCGUCAUCUAAAUAAAACUCAUUCAGGUCUCAUUCACAUGUUCUCUAUUGGAAAAUCAUAUGAGGGAAGGUCUCUAUAUGUUUUAAAGCUGGGCAGAAGGUCACGAACUUACAAAAGAGCUGUCUGGAUAGACUGUGGUAUUCAUGCAAGAGAAUGGAUUGGUCCUGCUUUUUGCCAGUGGUUUGUAAAAGAAGCUCUUCUAACAUAUAGGAGUGACCCAACCAUGAGAAAAAUGUUGAGUCAUCUGUAUUUCUAUAUCAUGCCUGUGUUUAACGUUGAUGGAUACCAUUUUAGCUGGACCAGUGAUCGAUUUUGGAGAAAAACAAGGUCAAGGAACUCAAGGUUUCGCUGCCGUGGAGUUGAUGCCAAUCGUAACUGGAAAGUGAAAUGGUGUGAUGAAGGAGCUUCUAUGCACCCUUGUGAUGAUACAUACUGUGGACCUUUCCCAGAAUCUGAGCCAGAAGUGAAAGCUGUAGCCACUUUCCUCCGAAAACACAGGAAGCACAUUAGAGCUUACCUCUCCUUUCAUGCAUAUGCUCAGAUGUUGCUGUAUCCCUAUUCUUACAAAUACGCAACAAUCCCCAACUUUAGCUGUGUGGAAUAUGCAGCUUAUAAAGCUGUGAAUGCACUUCGGUCAGUAUAUGGGGUACAGUAUAGAUACGGACCUGCCUCCAGCACCUUGUAUGUGAGCUCUGGUAGCUCAAUGGAUUGGGCCUACAAAAACGGAAUACCCUACACAUUUGCUUUUGAACUUCGUGACACUGGACAUUUUGGAUUUUUACUUCCAGAGGUGCUCAUCAAACCAACCUGUACAGAGACCAUGCUGGCUGUGAAGAAUAUCACAAUGCACCUCCUAAAGAAAUGUCCCUGAGACCCAAAGGUCGGGUCAACCACCAGACAGCUGGUUCUCUGCAAGAGCUACUUAUCAGUGGGGGGAAAUUGUUUUUAAAAAGAAGGGCAACUUCUUAGAACAUAUCUGUGGACUUUAAAAGGACGUACUUUAUGCAAUUCAAGUUUCUGUGGCAAUACAAAAUUGGUUAAAAGAAUCUGAGCAUAGCCUAGUUUGCUGUAAAAGAAAUUCUCUGUUUUAUAUCAUUUUGAGUC